AUGGAAGACAUUCAAAGUGUCUUAGAGAGGAAAAAAGAUUAUUUGAGUGGCGCUCCCUCAGAACUCGAAGCAUUAGGUGUUACCCAAAACAACUUCAAAGAAGUCGAAACAGCACUUCGAGCAUUCGGCAUCUUGCCUUCACAAUCUUCUUUAUCGCUGGAUACGUUAAAUAGGGAAAAAUCCUUGAAGGAAGUUCAAGAUCAGUUGCUGGUUUUGAGAGCAGCGAAGCGAAUGAUACAAUCGAUGGUCGGAGAUGACAUAAAGCCGCUUGAAACCAAGGCCGCCCUUGAGGCCAUGAAGAGAAAAACAGACAUGAUGACGGGAGACGUCUUUGGGCCCUAUUGGACCUCCUAUAGGGAGGAUAUCGAGCGACUAAGCGGUCAUAACGCCAUGAACUCCGCCAAUCCAAUACCAAUCGAAAAAUUGGAAGAAUCCAUCAACAAAGCCGCCAUGAGUGUCAUGAAAUCUUGGAAACAGCUACAGAAGAUGCGCCAGAGUGGCAAAGCGGAACUCUUCAAAACGUGGUGGAAGAAUCGACCGGCGGACAAACGACAUUCUUGGCUUUGUACAUUUCCUGCGAUCCGUCAACGUUCAGAUUCGGCCAUUCAUCUCCUUGCAAACUAUCCGAUGAAAAAGGGCGAGAUUCAAAAAGCAUUCCUUGAGCCUAUACUCUGUCAAGAGGAUCUCCUCCAAGCGAACGUUCUCUCAGAAUUGUUGGUGGCUCGUUCCUCACAGGAUGCUCAUCCUCGAAUGCUUUUAUCCGUCGACGCCAAGCUUAUCACGUUUGGGUAUUGGUGCAGAAUCGUCCCGACUCUAGCCGUGGCAGGACGGGUCGGGUUCAAACCCCCCACUGCUCCGGGAGACGUAUCGUACGGUAUUCAGUUCGAAUCGGACCUAUUGAAAUACCCCCAUUGGUCUAAUCCUAUUAUCGCACGCCUUCAACUAGAAGUGCAGGAAAAGACCUACAGGCUUCUUGUAUCAUUACUGUCGGCUGAUUUGCCCGAGCUUCCUGCUGCGUCGCCUAUAUAUACUGAACCGCCCUCGCUUUUGACUCAGUCAAUGCUGCAACUUCAUGGCAAGCCAAACCAGCUCGAUUGGGAUCUCGUGGAAGGCAUCUUAAAGGCAUCUAUGGAGGAAGCACUGGACGACCUUUGGAGGCUCCGGACCGAUGAACUAUAUUGGGAAGUAAUGUUCGAUGAUAUAGGCAGGAAUACAGAAAAGUUUCUGAAAUUGGUCUUCGGACGUAUCGAUACAUUCCGUCUGGCCUGUGAACAGCUGCGUGUUCACAACGGAGCUCUCAAUGAAGCAUGUCCCCAUGGAAUUACUUGUGACGAUGAUACCCAAACUAGGGCUGCAGCGGUUUCCAUGCAUGCUACACUGAGGUCCAUUGUCAAUGAAAAGCUCGCAUUCUUGGAGCAUAUUGGUUGGUCACCACCAGCCACUCUGGGAGCGACAUCGAAGUAUCUGCUGGAGCUUAUCAAGAAGAAUGAGCCCCAAAUCAGGGUGAUGGGCUGCGAUACCGCUUUGCGCACUCUUGAGACGAGACUUCGAUUUGCGAAUUCUCAAGAUUCUGUCCCAGUUUUCAUCAGGCUUGUCCUCCACGAUAUGUCGGUUAUUGUCAGCUGUAUGCAGGAAACUAGCAAACAUGCUCAUUCCCUCCACAAUGAACUUGAAGAGAUUUUGGCAUUCACCAGCCAAUCGAACCGUGCUGCAGUGGAGUGGGGUCAGCGCGAUCGCUCAUGGGAAGCGCUUGCCGAUACCAUUCUCAGCACGUUGGGCAAUCAAGUCCAUCAGCUGAACCAAGCAGUUGGAAAUUCGAGACGCCCAGUGCGCGCCCGGCACACAGACUUUUGGAGAUAUGUCGAUAGUCGAAUGCCAAAGUCCGGUCAUAUGAACCAUAUUGUCCGUCUAAUUGUCAGCAAUGCCCCAGUCAAACAAGAGGCCCUAUCCAAUGCCACUGGUGCCUGGCUUUCCUACUCGACACCAGGGUCAGAUUCAAUGCCAACCCAAACGCAGUUGAAAAAGCCCAGAAAAUCUAUAAAAGGCUCAAAUGGCAGGAAGUCCUUAACGCUAUCAUCAGAACUCACUGCCGGCGCCGGUGUAGUGCUUGGCUCUCAUGGUUUCCAACGCCCAAUUCUAACACUAACCGAGAAGAAGGACCAAGAGAUAUGGGCUGACCUGUUAGAUGGACAAAAUCAGGUUCCCUGGAAAGAUUUCAAUGCCUUCCUCAGCCGUCUGUCUUUUCAAAUCAUGCGCUCCGGAGGAGGUGGCUCGGGACACGUAUACACUCGCACUGAAUCCGACGGGACCUACUCGGGGAGCUCUGUUAACCUCACAUCUUGUGAUACGAGCUUUUCUUCCUGA